UGUAGGACUGAUGAAGGGGGGGCUGAUGCCAACUGUCCCAGAUUCUCUACGUGAUGUGAAGUCGUGGAAGAAGCAUCGUGUCAUGAAGACAAAAGAUCCUCAGCGCCUGUUUCGCUUUCCCAGAGAGCACCUGGAGGACCUGUGUCUCAGACUGCAAGAGGAAAACAGUGUGCUAAGACAACACACACGUACACAGGAGCAGAGGCUACGCAGGAUGUCUACCAGACUGAUGCGCCUUCGCCAGGCCCGUCCUGGGUCCAGCGGUGUGAAGGAGAGAGACAUGGAGGACACCAUACAGGAGCUGGAAGCCCGUGUUGCUAUGCUGGAGAGCCAGAAAGGGGCGCUACAGAACAAACUCAGCCUUGCCAAGCAGCACAUUAUGGACCUUGGUGGGCGCACACCAUACAGGUUCAGCAAAGGUAGAAGUAUGGAACUAGAGGGUGGAGUCAGGCGGGCUGCCCAAACUGCCCCACCCCACUAUGGCCCUAUGUUAGAAGACACCAGGGCAGAUGUGGAGAGACUCAGGUCCAGUGUGACAGAGCAGGUGAGGGUUGCAGAGCUGGAGCUGAGUGCCCAGGCACUCAGAGACACACUGAGAGACAAAGAGAAAGAGCUCGAAGGAACAGUGAGAGAUAUCAGGAAGCAACAGGCUGACAGACACAGAAUAACUAUCAGAGAGAAUGUGGAUCUGAUUCGUCUGCAAAAGCAGCUUUCAGACAAGAGCACCGCCCUGAGAGUGGCACAGGUGAAGUUCAACAACCUGCAAGAGGCAUAUGAGAAACAGCUGGAGGAGAGUCAGAGGUCGCUGAAGGAAAGCCAGAGAGCUCUGCUGGAGAAAGUGGAGGAGCUGACUGAGCAGCUGAAGCAGGAGAGACAGAGAGCUCUGGCACUGGAUGGACAACUUACCACCUCUACCCUGUCUCUACAGACCCUGGACAAGCUAAAGGAGAGGAUAUUAGACCUGGAAGGAGAGAGGGAUCAAAUAAAAGAAAACUAUGACAGUCUGUUAGAGAGUACUUUAUCUGUGCAAAGCAAACAUGAUGGCCAAGUGGACCAACAUAGAGAAGUUGACCGGAAGGGAAAAAAACAGGGAGAAAACAUUUGCAGGACGGACAUCCAGAGACUGGAGGAGAGGCUGCAAGCAGAGAGGGAAGAGAGAGGCAGGCUGGAGCUGGAGAAAGAGAAACUGAGACGAGAGAAGGAGAAAUUAGAGGUGCAGAGGGAACGAGAAAACGAGUUUUCUGUGAUGAGGCCAGACAAAAGAGAACAUCUGGAGCAGGAGCUUCUCCAGUACAAAAAGCAGGUUUCUGCUCUGCAGGACAGACUGGACUCUGUCACCAAGGAGUUUGACAUGAGUGUUGAGGAUCUCAGUGAAACUCUUGUGCAGAUCAAGGCAUUUAGGAUCCAGCAGGAAAGCAGGAUGGGGCUGCCUUUCCUCUGGGCUGAUGGGAAGGUGGAGCCCCGUGAGCUAACAAACAUCCAGGCGUCACAUGCUGAGACUGUGCUAGAAUUACAGAAAACCAGAAACCUUCUACAGGUGGAGCACCAUAUCAGUAAAGACCUACAGGAAGAGUUGAACAUGGUCAACCAGAAGAUGGAGCGAGAGAGGGAAGAGAGCAGGAGGAGGAUAGCAGAGAAAGACAAACUUUUAUCAAAAAGAGCUCUUCAGAUCAACACUUUACAAGCUCAGUUGAAAGAGUUAGCCUACAGCCCCAGGAACUACAAACGGACCAUGCCAAUACAGUACACCUGGCCAGCUGGAGACCAGGAGGUGGAAGAGCCCAUUGAAGAUGAUAUGCCUUUUUCUCAGCUGAGGGCUGGGGAGUCCCUUUUGGAGAUCCAUCUUAAGUCUGCCACCUUCAGCCCAGCAGGGCUACGCACUAUGAACAGCAUCCGUCCAAGAGUGGACGGAGGUGAAGACAUUGUGACCUUCUGCACUUACAGCCUUUUAGACUUCGAGGUGCACUCCACUCCUCUGGUGUCAGGCAGCCAACCCAACUACAGUUUCACGUCCCGUUACGCUCUAACAGCCCGAGAUCUUGGCAGACUGGGAGGUCAAGGGUCAAGGGUCAGAGUGGAGCUCCACCAGGCAUUAGGCGGGGUCAGGUUCGUGACACAUGGAAGUGCGCAGAUGUCCCUCAUGGGUGCCAUGGAAAGGAGAGCGGAGUGCAUCGGUGGACGUGUUAAUAUCACAGGCAAUGAGGGUGAAAUUGUUGGUGUUAUGGAUUUCUGGGUGCGCCUGUUUGAUCCUGCAGAGCCUGUAGACACUGUGGUAGAGAGAAGGGCUGAUAGGAGAACAGCCACACAGAGGAGUCCUGUGCAGGUCUCUCUUGGCUGGCAACAAACUGGACCUGAGGAGUUACAUGACUACGGUGGGGGGAUCCCCAAUGAGUUGGUGAUUAUGUUGGAACGCUGCGUCGGCCUUAACGCUCGCUGGCCUGGAAUUCUUCCUGAUGCCUACCUGACGUAUAGGUUCUACGACCUGCCGCCUCACGUCUCUCAAACAGCCCAGUGUACUGCUGACCCUGUGUUCAACGAUACCACCAGCUACCCACUAGCAGUAACAACUGACGUGUUGCACUACCUGAGGUCCAGUAGUCUGUGGGUGUAUGUGUUUGAUGACAGUGAUGACCAGAUACCGCCACCCUAUCUAGCCAAGACCCCCAUCCCACUGCGAGCCCUCGCUACAGGCAAGGAGAUCAGAGGUGACUAUGUUCUGAGGGAUCCAGCAGGUGGACCUCGGGGCAUGGUCAGGAUCAUGAUGAAAUGGAAGUACCCUUUCCAACCAUCGGUGGAUACCGUGCUAGAUAGACAGGGAAGACAGGACAGAGCAAUGGAAAGCACUGAGAGGGAGGAGAGGAAGAGAGAGGAGGCUGAAGUGCCACAGAGGCCUAUAGCCAAGCCCAGGACCCAGCUACUUGAGCCACGAGAAACCAAAGCAGUGCAGAAAGAGGCUAAAGCUUGGCCUCAGCCUCCACCUGUCAAACAGAAGAGCUCACAGAACAUACGGCCAGAGCGACCCACCUCUGUGGCCGCUCGCCAGUCCACAGACAGGAAGAGAUCCACCAAGAGGUCACCUCAUCAGCGCACAUCCCAUCUGACACCUGAGCCGAGACUGACCACGCCCUCUCAGCCAACAAGGAAAUCUUCAGAGGGAACGUCUUCGAGACACUCAUCCAUCACACUGCCGAAGAGAAGCUCUGCCAGCGAUGCCGAAACUCAGGAACCUCCUUCUGCAGAUCAGGUGUCAAUGGAUGAAGGGCAGGAGGAUGAAGAGGAGAAGACUGAGAGUGCUGCUGCAGCAGACAGUGAAGCCCCAGAGUCCUCAGAGUCAAGUUCCUCACAAAGCGACAUUAUCAUCAUCCCACCAAAACGAAAAAUGAGGAAGGGAGACAGGCUGAGAGUGGAGAUUCUGUCCCUGUCGUUUGAACCAUCCUCACACGUCAUGCUGGACAAGUCAGUGCAGCGUGUUUAUGUUGAAUAUCGGCUGCUGGGCGUCCCAAUGGAGACGACAGAGACGCCCAUGUCCCUCCGCAAACCCAGAGAGGGGGAGGAGAUUCACUAUAACUUCACACGAGUGAUUUAUGUGAAUGGUUCCCAGGCAGCUCCUCUCAGACAGUAUCUGUACACCAUGUUGGAGGGCAGUGAUCCCAACCAGGGCAGGUUGAGGUUCACAGUAGUCAGUGAGCCAAUGGACGAUGACAAGGAGUGUGUGGACGUCGGGCAUGCUUUUCUGGACUUACAGGAACUGCUCCUCACAGGAAAUAAUGUCACUGAACAACAAAUUGACAUUGUGAGUGUGGAUGAAGACAAGGAGGUGAUUGGAAAUCUCAAAGUGUCUCUGGAAGCUGCAAAAGCUCUGACUGGGAUAUACCAGGAGUUUCACCAGAAAAGGGAGAGCAACAAAGAAGACGAGACAGAUGAAGAAGAAGAAGAAGAAGAAGAGGAAGAAGAAGAGAAAGAGGAGGAGAAGGGGGAGGAGAAGGAAGAGGAGAAGGAGGAGGAGAAGGAAGAAACUAAGCAAAAGGAAGAGAAGAAAAGACAUCCGAUACAAAUGUUAAAUUAUGAUGAUGAUGACAGUGACUUCUACUGAAAGUAAUUAGUAUGUGAUGAGGAAAGUUCUGUAUGAAACAGUCUUAAGCACACAGAGGAGCCAUAUUUUCAAUUUUCUUAGCCUUUUCUUCAGCAUUUCCAAAGCAAUAAAGCAAUAAAGAGUUACUUUUGAAAGACUUUUCAGGCUGUUCUUUGAAGUUUACUUGUGAAAUUUACAAGUGCGAUG